GGAUCACGAAAAGAUUGGUCAUGUAAUUACAGGUAAAUUAGAACGGCGACUAACGGCGUGCCGGCAAAGAAGAAAUUAUGAAAGAGUUAGUGGGUCCCACUUUCCUGCUGUGAAGUUUCUCUCUGUCUGCAGUUAAUCGGUCACCAUUCUCAGAUCUUCACAUGCUCCUUCUUUUCUUCUUCCGAUUCAGCUCAGCCACUCUUCGCCGGCAGGAUCCGACCCGAUAACAGUCAAGCUUCCUCGACCGGACUUGAGCUUCGCUUGAUCCGAAUUCAGAUCAUCAAUUUCAGGGACUAGGCAGUUGGAGAGUGAGAAAAACUAAAAAUGCUGCGUAUACCGGCUACAAUUGAGGAACAGUUGGUACUUAAAGCAAUUAGAGAAGAAUGUCCCUGGGAGAAUCUUCCGAAGCGGCUUCAGUCCACAUUAAAUUCCAAAGAAGAUUGGCACAAAAGGAUAAUUGAACAUUGCAUUAAAAAGAGACUCAUGUGGAAUACUUGCUUUGCUCGUAAAGUGUGUAAAGAAGCUGAAUACUAUGAAGAAAUGUUGCGGUAUCUCCGAAGGAACUUGGCGCUUUUUCCAUAUCAUCUAGCGGAGUAUGUUUGCCGUGUCAUGAGGGUGACUCCUUUCAGAUACUACUGCGACAUGAUUUUUGAAGUCAUGAAAAACGAGCAACCCUAUGAUAGCAUCCCAAAUUUUAGUGCUGCAGAUGCCUUACGGCUUACUGGAAUUGGAAGAAAUGAAUUUAUUGACAUCAUGAACAAGUGCAGAUCUAAGAAAAUUAUGUGGAAGCUUAAUAAAUCAAUAGCGAAAGAACUAUUGCCUACACAACCAGUGGACUUUGUUAUUGAGCCAUGGUGGGGAGUUUGUCUUGUCAACUUUACGCUAGAAGAAUUCAAGAAACUGACUGAAGAAGAAACAGCAACAAUAGAUAAAAUCUGCAAGGAAGAAGCAAACUCUUUCAUUCUUUUCAAUCCUGAAAUUAUAAAGGCUCUUCAUCUGCGAGGACUAGUCUAUUUUGAUGUUCCUGUCUAUCCUGAUGAUCGUUUUAAAGUUUCAAGGCUUGAAGGAUUUGUUUCUAACCGAGAGCAGUCCUAUGAAGAUCCAAUUGAGGAGUUGCUGUAUGCUGUUUUUGUGGUUUCAAGUGAGAAUUCAACUGUUGCUGAAUUAGCUGCAACACUACAGGCUGAUCUUUCUCAACUUCAAGCAGCUGCAUCUUUUGCUUGCAGAUUGGGAUGGGCUGUCAAAUUAAUAGACCCUGCAUCUAUUCUGCAAGAACCUAAUGUCCCAGGGUCACCUAAGAGCCUUCUGAGUGACGAGGAAGAUGGUUCUCAUGCCAGCUUGGGCUCUGCAAACGUGUCUGCUGAUGGCAGUGCUUUUCAGCAAGUAGAAAUUCCAUGGACAGAAAAUAAUAGCAGGAGUUCUGGUUAUGCUCGUGUUGCUUUUCUUGUUGAUGCUAAUAUAACUUCUUAUCUUAUGAUGGGAUCUGUAUCACCAGGUCUAAAAUCUCAUGCUGUGACUUUGUAUGAAGCGGGAAAACUAGGUCAUGCUAGUAUUGCAGAUCUCUGUAAAGAUUUGGGCACACUUGAGGGGGCCAAAUUUGAAGGUGAACUGCAAGAGUUUGCCAAUCAUGCGUUUAGUCUUCGGUGCAUCCUGGAAUGUCUCACAUCAGGUGGGGUUCCAGCUGAAGAAAUAGAAAAGACUGGCAUUAUGUCUUCAAGAAGUGAGGAUGCUAAUUCAAUGUCAAAGGAUAUUUCAUUUUCUGAAAAAUCAGGAGAUGCCCCUAAAGAUAUAUCUGAGCUAAAUAAUGAAGAUUUGCUAAAUUCUGAAACACCCAAAUUGUCUAAGGAUGAAAAAAAUCUAUCAGGAAAAAAAUCUGAAGAAACAGAUCAAUCAGACUGGGAGUUAAAACAGGAGAUCAGUUCUGAGACUGAUGAAAAAGCAUCUGCUGACAACUUAGACGCUGAUAAAGAAGUAAGGAAGCAGAUAAAAUACCGUGUGGAUAUACUCCGCUGUGAAAGCUUGGCUGCUCUCUCACCGGCUACUUUAGAUCGUCUGUUUAUGCGUGACUAUGACAUUGUUGUAUCCAUGGUUCCCCUCCCCCCUUCUUCAGUUUUGCCAGGACCAAAAGGCCCUGUUCAUUUUGGACCUCCCUCCCAUUCUUCUAUGACACCCUGGAUGAAAUUGGUGCUAUAUUCUGCUACAGCUUUUGGACCUCUAUCAGUUGUUCUGAUGAAAGGUCACUUGUUAAGAAUGCUUCCUGCCCCAUUAGCUGGCUGUGAGAAAGCACUUCUAUGGUCAUGGGAUGGAUCUUCCGUUGGAGGUUUGGGGGGGAAGCCUGAAGGGAAUUUGGUAAAAGGAAGUAUACUUUUACAUUGUAUAAACUCAUUACUCAAGCAGUCUGCUGUCCUUGUGCUUCCCCUCAGCAGAUUUGAUCUUGAUGAGGCUGGAAAAACUGUUACAUUGGAUAUUCCCCUGCCCUUGAAGAACUCUGACGGUUCAACAGCUCAAGUAGGGGAGGAACUAGGACUGUCCGCAAAAGAAACUUUCAAUCUGAAUUCGCUAUUAGCUAGUCUGUCUAACAAGCUUAAUUUUUGGACUAUUGGUUUUAUUCGCCUGUUAAGACUUUACAAAGAUAGAGUCCAAGAAAAUAUCGGACCUGAUGAUGAUACGUAUGAAUGGGUUCCACUAAGUGUAGAAUUCGGUAUUCCACUGUUUAGUCCAAAAUUGUGCAAUCAUAUAUGUAAGAGAUUAGUUUCCUCACAACUACUCCAAACAGAUUUAUUUGGAGAGCACCAUGAUGCAAUGCAAGAGUUAAGAAAGAAAUUGCGAGAUGUUUGUGCCGAGUAUCAGGCCACAGGUCCAACAGCGAAGUUCCUUUACCAGAAAGAACAGCCAAAGGAAUCACCCCGGUAUUUUAUGAACUAUGCGAGUGGAAGGUGGAACCCCAACGUUGAUCCUUCUUCUCCUAUUUCUGGUGUCUCUAGCGAACACCACAGACUAAAACUUGCUCAUCGACAGCGAUCUCGAACAGAAGUUCUGAGUUUUGAUGGCAAUAUUCUAAGAUCAUAUGCUCUGACUCCUGUUUACGAGGCUGCCACGAGGCCAAUUGAAGAAUCUCCCUCAGUAACUACUGCUAAGGUUGAAAAAGAUGAUGCUGAGAAUAAAGAGGAGAUAUAUCCUGGUGUAAACCUUCUAUUUGAUGGAUCUGAGCUGCGCCCAUUCGAGAUAGGUGCUUGUUUGCAGGCUCGUCAACCUGUGUCUUUAAUUGCAGAAGCGUCUGCAACAUCUGCUAUUUUUUCAGUCCAAUAGUGUUCAGGGAUAUAGUCAAUGUUCAUGUAAGAAAAAAGUGCUCUAAUGACCAAUUUCCCAGAGUAUCACUGGCUACCGGACGUGCUUUGCUGCUGCUGGUUCGUUGGGUAGAUUGUCUGUCCUUGCAAUUUAUUUGAUCGCAACAUGGGAAGUUAUUGAGGUGGUGUUUUCUAUUUGCAAGAAUUGAUCAAUGCAGGUAUUAAGCUGAGGAAUUCUAUUAUUUUGUAGAAGAGAAAACCAUGUGUAUUCAUAGAUGUAGCUAUGCUCACAAACUAGUCAAACAACACAGCCUUGGAUUCCAAUCUUGCACAGAAUAUAUGAAUGGAAUGAGAGAUGAAAAAAAUCAGAUGUUUGUAUUCUGUAAUAUGAAAUUAAGGCUUUGGCAUAAUGAGGAACUAGACGAAGAUGUUGCUGACGUGCCGCAUUUAUUUCCACCGUGUAUCUAUUCUACUGCUAUCUGAACAUCUCAUCAGCUGAGUAUUGGUGUUUAAGGCUCCAUUUUAAUUCGGAGCUUGGAGAACUACGUUUUGAAUAUUUGAUUGGUGUAAUUGAGAAAAGAAGUUGAACGUUCAAAGAUUGUCAAAAAGGAGUUGUGAAACACUUUAGCUUUUUGCCUUUUGGUUUGUUUUAUGGAAACAAAAACAAUGUGUAUAUGGUUUUAGGAGCAAUUGUUGUGGUAUUUAUAUUUGUGGAAUACGAACCAAUUGUUGUCUGAAUAGCAACAUUCAUUAAUUUGCUGGACUUCUUUUUUUUU